UCGUUUGGUGAGGGAUCAGUCAACAUUCGAACCGAGCUGUACAGACAGAAACUUCCCGGAUCAAGAAAGCUCCCAUUUUCCUCAAUCCUGAUAGCUCGCAUUUUGAUUGGUGAACAGGGGGAUUCCUGGUACUGCGUUUACAGUUACAGCGUCUCGAUUCAGAUCAAGAGCAAGAAAGUGCUCGCCCGACGGCCCUGUCUUGUCAUCGGCUUUCGCCAACCAUUCCUCGGAGCGCAGGCUUAUCAACCGUGCUGCGAAGAAGAUACCAAGAACAGCAUAAGCACAGAUUUUCCCGUUCUUCGGUGCGCCGGCCAAUCAACCGUGCUGCGAAGAAGAUACCCAGAACAGCAUAAGCAAAGAUUUUCCCGGAAAAGUGGGGGACCCUUCUUUUCCGGGAAAGUAUCCAUCUGGGUUUCAUCUGGGUUCGGGUCAAAUGGUCAACUGAGGUGGUUCCUAAGUGGUUCAGAGACGUGAAGUGUUUUCGUGGUCAUGGUGGAGCGAGGUGAUGUUUUGGCCUCUCCAGAGGAGGAGGAGGAAGUGGAGGGUAUGGAGGAGGAAGGAGGAGGAGCGGCCGGACCGAGGGGGCGCGGCUGCUUCGGCGCCCCGAUCCGGUGGCUGAGAAUGCUGUCGGCGGAGAUGCAUUGGAGCUUCGUGCUGGGGGUGGUGCUCGUGUACGGCGUAAGCCAGGGGCUCGGCGGCGCGCUGUCCCGGGUCGCGACGGAGUACUACAUGAAGGAUGUCCAGGAAGUUCAGCCGUCGGAGGCCCAGAUUUAUUCUGCGAUCGUUAAUGUUCCAUGGCUCAUCAAGCCAAUUUGGGGGCUUCUGACCGACGUAGUCCCGGUCGGCGGGUACCGGCGGCGCCCCUAUUUCGUUUGCGCAGGUCUUCUCAGUGUGUUCUCCAUGCUCAUGUUGUCAUUCUACAAGGUGCACCUUGUUCUUGCCCUAGUGCUAUUGACAGCAGGAAGUACUGGUGUUGCGAUAGCAGACGUCACCAUUGAUGCUUGUGUGGCACAAAACAGUAUCAGUCAUCCCUAUCUGGCAGCUGACAUGCAAAGCCUGUGUGCUUUGAGUGCUUCAAUUGGAGCACUUGUGGGUUUCACACUUAGCGGUAUCCUUGUUCACCUAAUUGGUCCGAUGGGGGUGUAUGGUCUUCUGACAGUUCCGGCUGGCCUUAUGCUUUUACUGGGAAUCAUACUCGAUGAGCCUCACACACCAAAUUUUGAUUACAGACAGGUCAACCAGAGGUUUCUUGAUGCUGGGAAGGCCAUGUGGACGACUUUGAAAAUUCCAGCUGUUUGGAGACCAUGCUUGUACAUGUAUACAUCACUUGCAUUGAGCUUGAAUAUUUUCGAUGGGAUGUUCUAUUGGUACACUGAUGCAAAAGGAGGUCCAUCAUUCUCUAAGGAGACUGUCGGUUAUUUGUUCUCAAUCGGUUCAGUUGGCUCACUCCUAGGAGCACUACUGUAUCAGCACAGUCUUAGGGAUCACCCGUUCCGGGACUUGCUCUUGUGGACCCAGUUGUCCUUUGGUCUAUCUGGAAUGCUAGACCUAGUCCUGGUUCUGCGACUGAACUGGAAGUUUGGCAUUCCGGACUAUGUCUUCGCCGUGAUCGAUGAGUGGGUGUCCCAGAUGGUCUCGAGACUCAAGUGGAUGCCUCUACUUGUACUCAGUUCGAAGCUGUGCCCCUCCGGCAUAGAAGGCACUUUUUUCGCCCUGCUCAUGUCAAUCGACAAUGUUGGACUUUUUUCGUCAUCCUGGGGAGGGGGAUUUCUACUUCACGUGCUUGGGGUGACCCGGACCCAAUUCAAAAAUUUGUGGUUGGCCAUCUUGAUACGAAACAUACUACGCAUUUCUCCUCUCUGUCUGCUGUUCUUGGUUCCGAGAGGCGAUCCAAAGUCUUCUAUUCUUCCGAGCAAAGAAGUGGCUUCUGAAGAGGAAACUGAAGCUCUGGAACCCGAGAAAAUCGAACUGGUUUCCCUCGUUAAACACACUGAUAAUGGAAGAUCAUUUUAGGUGGCAUUGGAGUCAAUCACUUAGAAGAGGACACCAGAAGAGAAACUGAGUUAUAACAUCUCAAAGAAUACAAAGAGACUGGACUAGGAAGUCUUUGUGUAUUAAUUCUUGACUGUACUUUACAUUACAACAGGUAACAUUGGGAUAUACGAUUCUUUGUUCUCAUUGCCAUUUGUCCUUACAGGACCAACAAUUCAAUGGAUUCGUGAAAAAUGAAUGGUUUAGAAAA